AUGCCUCAAAAUUUACAGAUACCUAAAAAGUCAGCUAUCGCCCAAAUGUCAGGUGAGCUUAUGCCGCAAAAUUUACAGAUACCUAAAAAACCAAGUAUCCGCACUCACUCCAGUCUUAACUUUCCCGUGAACUUAACACCCACUCUUUCAACAAAACUUAAAUCUCCAUUAAACAUACGGUAUAAUAUAGAAGAACAAAAAAUGGAAAACAACCAAGACCAGAUCAUUCGACUCAUCAGCUUUACAACGAGCGCGUACAAAUACGUUAAAGAUAGUGACAACCAAAAGUUUAUAUCUAAAAAGUUCUCAGAUGUUCAAGAAAAGCUAGCACAAAAAGGUAAGACGUUUCCCGACAAUCAAAUAUCCAACAUCCACCUAGUAAGGGAGUUGUCUAGGAAAUACAACAUUGAAACUAAGAACUUACCUCAAUCUAAAGAUUCCUCGCAAGAAAAGUUAGUAGGUAAGUUAUUAGGUGAAGUAGGUGAAAAGUCAUCAGCUAAAACUCCCCCACCUUCAAAAAGUGUAUCACCUGGAAAAGUAAAGACUCAGAUGAAACUAGCUCCUUCAUUUACAAUCCCACCUUUUACACCAAAACGUGAACAACCAACUCGAAGAGAAAGUUACAAGAUUCCCUCAUCAAAGUUGACUCUAGAGUACAUGUUACCCGAGAAAGUAAAACCUGUAAGACCGGUUCCAAAACCAAGGACUAAAUUACCUCCUCAACCAAGGGAACGUCCAAUCCCAAAACCGAGGACAAAGAUACCUCCACAACCAACUCCAGAGGAACCUCCUAAGCUACUUCCUAACACAAGGUUUGUAAAGGAACUUGAGGAUAUAGUUGAACCAUUCUCUACAGGAAAGCGUCCUACUUACAAGAAGACAUCUCACUCCUUCUCCAACCUUAUAAAGAGAUAUAAAAUCCAAAUUGUUAGUAACGAUCCACAUAUACAGUUAUCAUCUUCACUUCCAUCACUUGCAGAAAUCCUCACUAAAAAUCUAAUUAUAAUGGGAGGGGUCAAGUACCACAUAAAUCUAGAUGUAGAGUUCAUCAAGCCAAAGGGCUGGGAAGGAUAUGAGUUAGCCGAGUACGGUGCAAAUCAUGUUGCCAUUACCUUACUUCAAGGGAGUAAUAUAGAAGAGUCGCUACAAGAGGCAAUAGCCCUGGUUCAACAGAGAAUAGACGGUUUCAUUGCCAGAGGAAGUGGCUGGUCUAUCGCCCAACUCCCAAGUAUGAACAUAGUUGUCAACACAUAUGCUCCACUUGAAGGAUCAUCAUAUCUUGACCUACCAAAGUCACUUCAAACACCACAGUUGGGUCUAAGGAACAUUUUCAAUAAAGGUGAUAACGAAUGCUUUAGAUGGUCACACGUGAGAUUCUUACGGCCAAUGACCCGUGACCCAAAACGCAUAACAAAAGAGGAUAAAGAAGUCGCCAAAUCUCUAAAUUACGACGGUGUUUCCUUUCCAGUGUCUAUAGACCAAAUUCCCCGUAUAGAGUCUCAGAACAACCUCAACAUCAAUGUUAUCGGUCAUAAAUCAGGUAAAGUCUUCUAUCCAAUCUCCGUAUCAAAGAAUACAUUCAAAGACACGAUGACCCUACUCUUAAUCUCAAAAGAUGAACGUAAUCAUUAUGUUCUCGUAAAGGAUUUCAACAAGCUUCUCCAUUCAUAUACAAAAGACAAUCAUAAGAAACAUUUCUGCAUAAGUUGUUUCCAAAACUUCAGGUCAGAAGAGCACCUCCAGAAGCAUCUAAAAGACUGUCUAGUGAUUAAUGGUAAACAAGCAGUCAGAAUGCCAGUUGAGGGUACAACAGUCGACUUCAAGAACCAUAAGAAUCAAUUGUUUGCACCAUUCGUUAUAUACUCAGAUUUUGAAUGCAUACUAUCACCUGUUGAGUACAAGUCAGGUAAUCACACCAAAGUCAUUCAAAGACACAAAGCUGUCAAGUAUGGAUACAAAAGAAUCUGCAAGGAAAACGAACAUCUUUCAGGUGAGUAUAAAACUUACACAGGGGAAGAUGCAUGUAAGAAGUUUGUCUCAGCAAUAAGGGCCGAGCAAAAAGAAUGUAACAAGUUGGCAAAGCAAUUCUUCAAUCAAAAAGGUGAGAUGGACGAAGAUUCAAUUAUGCAUUUUAGACAACAGAAAAGUUGCCACAUCUGCUCUAAAGACUUGUCCACCAACAACAAGGUUGCAUACUUCCAUAGAAUCAAUUCUAACUACCUAGGUGCAAUCCAUAAGUCAUGUCAAACUAAAUUCUUCAAGAUCCCAGUAGUGUUUCACAACUUACGAGGAUAUGACUCUCACCCAAUAAUCUUAGAAUCAUGUGAACAAAAGAUUGACCUGACAGUGAUCGCGACCAAUCUCCAAAAAUAUCUUUCAUUCUCAUUUGGCAAUCAACUGGUAUUCAUCGACUCUUUACAGUUCAUGAGCACAUCACUCGAGAAGUUAGUCUCCAACCUCAAGGGCCAAGCAUCAGACGAAGAGCUUGCGCUUAAGUUUCCAAUUACAUCCAAAAGGUUCCAAGGAGAGUCACUCAAGCUUAUGACUCAAAAAGGUGUAUUUCCAUAUGACCACUUCACUUCACUUGAGACAACAAAAGAGACUCAACUCCCAUCGAAGGACGCGUUCUUCUCAACACUGUAUGACACUUCUGUUUCAGACAAAGAUUAUCAGCGAGCGCAAACUGUACGGUCACACUUUAACAUGUCAUCGUUCGACGACUACCUCAACCUCUACCAAGAAACGGACGUCUUACUGUUAGCAGAUGUAUUUGAGAACUUUAGGUCAACAUGUCACGCAACCUAUAAACUUGACCCCGCAAAUUACAUCUCAAAUCCAUCACUCACCUGGGAUGCAAUGUUGAAAGAUAAACAAGAGAGAGGAGGCGCCGCAAUCGAACUUCUAAGUGAUAUUGAAAUGCAUAACUUCUUCGAGAAAGGAACACGUGGUGGUGUCGCACAAAUAUCACGUAAGUUCGCAAAAACAAAUAAUAAAUUCAAGUCUAACUUCGACCCAAAAGAAAAGUCAACAUUCUGUAAGUAUUGGGAUGUCAACAACUUAUAUGGAGGAUGUAUGUCACAACCACUUCCAUACGGCAACUUUCAAUGGGAGGAUCCAGAUACAAUUGACUACAAACAAUUCCUCGAAGAUUCCCACAGAGGUGCAGUUCUAGAGGUUGAUCUGGAUUAUCCAAAGGAACUCCAUAAUCUUCACGCAGACCUCCCAUUAGCACCUCAUAAGAUGUUGAUCACCGAGGAUAUGAUAUCUCCAUACAACAAGAAGAUAAGAUCUCAAAACAACCUUUCACCAUCGGAAGUGCCCAAGCUAAUUACAUCCCUCAAUAACAGGAGAAACUACAUCCUCCACGCCAGGACACUUGACUUCUAUGUUUCCAAGGGAAUGGUUCUCACCAAAAUUCAUAGUGCGAUUUCAUUUGACCAAAGUUGCUGGCUAAAGUCAUACAUAGAGAAGAAUACAGCUGAGAGAGCAAAGGCAACCAAUGAUUUCCAGAAAGACUUUUUCAAGCUAAUGAACAACGCUAUCUAUGGAAAGACAAUGGAGAAUCUUCGGAAACGUACACACGUAAAGAUAGCCUCAACACCAGAGAAAGCUAAGAAGCUCAUCGCAUCACCCACAUUCAAGGGAAGUAAGAGUCUCUCCAAAGACGCCAUCAUGGUCGAGCAAACCAAAGAAGUCCUCUAUCUCAACAAACCAUCUUACAUAGGAAUGGUUAUCUUAGAGCUGGCCAAACUCGAGCUCUACAAAUUCCACUAUGAUGUUGUCAAACCAUUUUACGGCAACAAGGCACAACUCAUCCUCACCGACACAGAUUCACUCCUAUAUGAAAUUGAGACUGAGGAUGUUGAGGAAGAUUGUGUCGUACUAGGUAAACUCCACGACUGCUGGGACAACUCAAACUAUGAUAAAGAUUCUCCAUACUUUUCCAACAAGAAUAAGAAAGUCCCGGGAAAGAUGAAAGAUGAGAUGGGAGGCCAGCAGAUCGAGGAAAUCUCAGCCAACAAACCAAAGUCUUAUGCAAUCCUCAAAUCCUCAGGUAAAGAAGAGAAAAAGCUCAAGGGAAUCCCCCGAUGUGCAAAGGACCGGGUCAUCAGUUACGCUGACGUUAAAGAUUGUAUAUUCAAGGGCACAACAAAAAGAAUCACCUGCCAUACAAUUAGAAGUGUCAAUCACAACCUCCGCACCAUAUCUCAAGAUAAACUUGCCCUGUCCAACUAUGACACUAAAAGAUACGUUCUAGAUGAUGGAAUAACUUCACUUCCAUACGGACAUUAUAAAAUACAGUGA